AUGCAAAAGCAUCAUUCAGAAUGCCCAUCUUUCAUUGUUUUCUUUCAUCAACUAAUGGAAAUGAUGCGGCAGUCUAGCCCUCACUUCUCACCCCUUGAUCAAAUAGAAAAUGGUGCUUUUUGCCAUGCCCUCUGUGCCCAGCGAGAUUUGCCAUUAAAGCUGCCAAAAGGCUUCAGCCUUGACUCACAGAAAAAUAGACACAUCUUGUCUUUUCUCUUCUCCCCUCAUUCACACACUGCCUACCACUUGCAAGGCCUUGUGCCCAGCAUACUGGGCAAUGGCAUAAAGUAUCGUGUGGUCCAUGUUCCAAAAAUACUUAAAGGUACACAGAGACUCAAUGCAUAUACCCAGUAA